UCUGUGAUGUGAAGCACACGACAUUAGCCAGCAACAGAACCAAAUCGAAAAAAAGAAAAUAAAAAAAAGUCUUUACUCCUCGCAGCAAGAGUGGCGCAACUCCGGCGAGAUUUGAUUCAUGUCUUCCACUUUUAGCCCCGGUCAAAGCCCCGGAAGCUCCCGGUUGCUGCAGCUGGGCGUUGCCGGCUCUGCCUCGCGCCUUAGAUCUUCUUCCUCCAAAAAGCCGCCUGAGCCGCUGCGCCGAGCCGUGGCGGACUGCCUCUCAUCCUCCCCUCCUCCGGCUAACUCUCACCAUGGCGCGAUCCCUUCCAUGGCUCCCUCUGAAGCUCUCAGGAAUCUCCGGGAUUAUCUAUCAGCUUCUGCCACGACUGACCUGGCCUACAACAUGCUGUUAGAGCACACUGUAGCAGAGAGAGAUCGCAGCCCAGCUGUGGUUACGAGGUGUGUAGCACUACUGAAACGGUAUCUCUUAAGAUAUAAGCCUGGUGAAGAGACACUACUGCAGGUCGAUAAAUUUUGUGUGAACCUUAUUUCUGAGUGCGAUGCUAGCUUGAAGCAAAAAUCCUUGCCUGUAUUAUCAGCACCGGCGGGUACUUCUCCUUUACCAGUGUCCAGUUUUGCUUCUGCAGCUCUGGUGAAGUCAUUGCAUUAUGUGCGUUCCCUUGUGGCUUUACAUAUCCCAAGGCGAUCCUUUCAACCUGCAGCAUUUGCAGGAGCUACUCUUGCGUCAAGACAGUUAUUGCCAUCUCUAUCCUCUUUGUUGAGCAAAUCAUUCAACUCCCAAUUAAGUCCUGCAAAUGCCGCAGAAUCUCCACAGAAAAAAGAUGCUGCAAAUCUGUCAGUUUCAAACUUGUCAAAUAUACAAGAAAUUAAUGCUAUGGAAGACACUGAAUACAUAUCAUCAGACUUGCUGAAUUGGCGUUGGGUUGGGGAGCUCCAGUUAUCAUCAGCUUCUUCUGAAAGCGAACGCCCUGUUAAUCUCCAAGACAUGAACAAUUGUAAUCUUCUGGAAGUUGGUGCUGCCGGCUUACUUGUAGGAGAUAUGGAAGCUAAAAUGAAAGGCCAGCACUGGAAAUAUUUUGGUACCACAGAGAUGCCUUACUUAGAACAACUGCUGCAGCCAGCUUCUGUUACGAUGAUAACAAACUCAGCCUCAGCUCGCUCUCACUUAAGAGCAAUAACAGCUUCCAAACGCACUAGAGCUGGCCCUCAGCAGAUCUGGGAUGAUUCCACUGUAAACACAUUUCGUCCACGCGCCAGACCGCUUUUUCAGUAUCGUCAUUACAGUGAACAACAACCACUGCGCCUAAAUACAGCCGAGGUAGGUGAGGUGAUCGCCGCUGUUUGUUCUGAGGCAUCAUCCACCCCUUCAAAUCAAAUGACUGUAUCACCCCAAUUAACUAGCAAGACUGGAAAGCCGUCGAUGGAUGUGGCUGUGAGCGUCCUAAUUAAGCUUGUUAUCGACAUGUAUGUAUUGGACGCUAGAAUUGCUGCNGGUUAA